AAUCUGGAAAAAAGGGAGGGAGGAAGCGGACGGAGUCAUCCUUCCUAGCUUUCAAGAACAUGCUAGCGACGUGUGGUAUGAUUGAAUUUCCACAUUCUGGAAUUUUUUUCUCCUAGGCCGGUAGGAGAAGAACAGGAAGAAUCCAAUGUCGCCUUGAUAGAGCAGUUGGUAAUGAAGACUGGCAUCAAAUUUUUUCCCACACUGAUGUGGAGUAUCUUCUACGAUGGGGAUCUGAUCACAGGCCUGUAAUGGUUCGAAUAAAAUCAAAGGCAGGGCGAGGAAGAAGAGGUUUUAAAUUUGAUAGGAGGUGGUUUGGCAAAGAUGGCUUCAUCGACACGGUCAAGCAAGGAUGGGGACUGGAUGAUUCCAGCGAAUUCCCCCAACUGUACGAGAAAAUCAGAAACUGCCGUAAGGCUAUCUCUCGGUGGAAGAAAAGUAACCCGUCGAACAAUAAGAAGCUGAUAGAAGAGCUAAAACGUCGACUGGACCAGGUUCAAAAUGAUGACACCAUAUCAGAGGAGGAACUCAAGCUCAAGUGGAAACUAUGUGAAGCUUACCGUGAAGAAGAACUAUUUUGGAAACAGAAGAGUAGGGCUUUAUGGCUUACAGAAGGGGAUAGAAAUACAAAGUUUUUCCACGCAAAGACAAAGCAGCUUCGAACGCGUAAUCGUAUAACAAAGCUUCUUGAUUCGAUGGGAAAUUGGAUUGAAACUGAGGAAGGCAUAGAGCAUUUGGCGACAGAAUACUUCCACAACUUGUUCACAUCAUCCACGCCUGAAGAUUGUGAGGAAGCUUUCCGGUUUAUUACCGCGUCUGUCACCGAGGAUAUGAACACUCUAUUGACCAGAGCACCGUCAGAAGAAGAGAUUAAGGAAGCAGUUUUUGCGAUAAAUCCAGAGAAAGCACCAGGACCAGACGGAAUGACUAGUCUCUUCUAUCAAAAAUUUUGGAAAGUGAUCGGAAAAGAUAUUAUCAAGACGGUACAAGAUUUCUUUGCUUCUGGGGAGAUGGAUCCACGGCUUAAUGAGACCAACAUAUGCCUCAUCCCUAAAACGGAGAGGCCGCAGUCCAUGUCAGAGUUCCGUCCAAUCAGUCUAUGCAACGUCAGCUAUAAAAUCAUCUCCAAGGUCUUAUCUUCUCAAUUAAAAAAGGUGCUCCCGGAUUUGAUAACGGAAACACAAUCAGCCUUCGUGGCUCGACGUCUCAUUACAGAUAAUAUUCUAGUUGCACAGGAGAUGUUCCACGCUCUUCGCAUGAAUCCAAGUUGCCAGAGCAAAUAUGUUGCCAUCAAGACAGAUAUGAGCAAAGCGUAUGAUCGAGUUGAAUGGAGCUUCCUAGAAACACUCAUGGAAAAGAUGGGAUUUGAUAACCGAUGGAUACACUGGAUCAUGACAUGUAUUUCAUCGGUUUCGUACCAAGUUCUAAUUAAUGGAGAAGCAAAAGGACACAUUGUUCCCUCUCGCGGUCUACGGCAAGGCGAUCCCUUAUCUCCUUUCUUAUUCAUUCUCUGCACAGAGGUGUUGAUAUCUCAGAUUAAGCAUGCUGAAGCUGAAAAGAAGCUGUCCGGCAUCAAGAUUGCUCGAGCAUGCCCCUCGGUAUCACACCUUCUGUUUGCCGACGAUAGUCUAUUCUUCUGUAAAGCGGAACAUGAAGAAUGUCGCGAAUUAAUGCGACUCAUUGACGUCUACGGAAAAGCCUCAGGACAACAACUGAAUAAAUCAAAAUCUUCAGUUCUGUUCGGUUCUAAGGUGGUAGCGUCCAAAAAAUACGACCUGAAAAGGUCUCUUGCCAUUAAUCAAGAAGGUGGAAUGGGAAUGUAUCUUGGCCUACCGGAAAAGAUUUGUGGCUCUAAAAAGCAAGUCUUCAGCUUCGUCCAAGAAAGACUAAAUAAUAGAACCAACUCGUGGUCAGCGAAGCUCUUAUCUAAGGGAGGCAAGGAGGUCCAAAUCAAAUCGAUUGCCCAGGCGGUACCGUCAUAUGUGAUGUCUUGUUAUCUCCUACCACAAGGGAUCACCCAGAACUUAACUAGUGUGGUAUCCAGAUACUGGUGGAGCACCAAGCAGAACAACAGAGGCCGUCAUUGGAUACCCUGGGAUAAGAUUUGUCUCCCACUAGAAUGUGGCGGUUUGGGGUUCCGGAAUUUUCGAGAUUUUAAUCUCGCCCUACUGGCUAAGCAGAUGUGGCGGCUUCUAAAAUUCCCACACUCGCUCCUCGCUAGAGUGCUGAAGGGUAGAUACUAUAGACACUCUAACCCUAUGGCUGUUAGUACGGCACACAACCCAUCAUACGGAUGGAGAAGCAUCACCGCUGCGCGACCGUUACUGCAACAAGGCCUCCGUAAAAGGAUUGGCAAUGGGUACGACACAAAGGUCUGGGAAGAGCCAUGGAUACCGGGCACACCUGCACGACCUCCAGUGAGGAGAGGCAAUGUCUAUGACCCUGAGCUUAGAGUCCAUUACCUCAUCGAACAACAGUCCAAGACCUGGAAUGUCACUAUGCUGAACGAAUUUGUACGUACAGAUGAUGUUCAAAGAAUAUUAUCAUUACGUAUAAGCAAAACUGGACGUCAGGACUGUGUUAGCUGGGACUUCACGAAGUCAGGACUCUAUACCGUUAAGUCGGGAUAUGAAGUGGCUCACGAGAUGAGAACUCGACAACACUUCCCCGCAACCGUUGAACCUAGUACCGUAGGCCUCAAGAAAGCUAUGUGGAAGCUAAAAACACCACGAAAACUUAAACACUUCUUAUGGAGCUCAAUCUCAGGCUUCAUUGCGACGGCGGAGCAGCUGAAGUUUUGCCAUUGCACCCAGGAGAGCUCCUGUGUACGGUGUGGAUCAGUGACAGAGUCGAUUAAUCACACUCUCUUCGAAUGCCCACCAGCCCUCCAAAGCUGGGCUCUGUCACCUAUUGCAACAUCUCCGGGGUAUUUCCCGAGUAAUUCUAUCUAUGCAAACUUUGAUUACCUGCUAUUCAGAGCAAAAUCGCUAGGUGUGCUUUCGCAACAGAUGGAAGCCUUUCCAUGGAUCAUGUGGUAUAUAUGGAAGGCAAGAAACGAAAAAGUUUUCAAUAAUAAAGAUAUCUCUCCUCUGGAUACGAUACAACUUGCGAUAAAGGAAGCUGAGAGCUGGCGGAUAGCCCAGAUUGCUGCGGAGAUCGUCGAAAUUGGGGAAGAGAACCUGCCAUCAGUGGAUAAUAGAUCCCAGCAAGUGUCAGUAACAGAAAGAGUGGCUGCUUCAGAGAGGUGGAAAUGUCAAGUAGAUGCCUCAUGGAUCGAUGAUAAGGAAGCAACGGGACUUGGGUUCUCGUUACUAGAUGAAAACCGCCCUAUUUUGUUUGGCGCUAGAGGUGAUAUCAGCUCGGCCUCUCCCCUCCACGCGGAAGCGGAAGGAAUAAUUUGGGCUUUACAGGAGCUACUUAAAAUCGGGAGAAGUGAGAUUCAUGUACUAUCCGACUGUGAACAACUUGUGAAGAUUAUCCACACAGAUACGGAAUGGCCAGCAUUGGCGCCAGAGCUAGACGAAAUCAAAGCACUGUCAAAUGAAUUCUUGAAGUUCUCUAUAGCUGCUAUUCCAAGAUCUCUAAACACGCAAGCGGACUCCCUCGCCAAAAGUGGCCGAUCACGCAAGCUAAGCCCUCUCGUCAGUGUCUCUGCACCCACAUGGCUAGUCUCUGGAGCUAGUCUAACGGUAGCAGAGUAGUUGUAGUUUUUUCUUUAAUCGAUGUCAAAAAAAAAAAAAAAAAAAUCAUGGGUUAGUUUUGUGUUUGACUUUUCGUUUUGGUAUAUAUAUAUCUUUUUAUGUAUAAUUGGACAAAAUAUCACUAAAAUAUAAUUUGUGAUAUUUUGGGAUCAUAAAUUUAUAUAGUAUCUGUUAAAAUUUAUUAUUUUAUUGUUUUAUCUAAUUGCAUGGUAUGUUGAAACAGUAGAAUUAUUAAACCAAAAGAUGUAUUAUAAUGUCUUAACAUUCUUAUUACACAACCACUGGAAAAAAAAAGUAACUGUUGCUACUACUAGAAUACUAGAAACGUUUGUGUAUGUACCAACUAGAAGUUGACACCAUCAAAUCAAAGAAUUAAAGGCUGACAAAAAAAAAUCAAAGAAUAUUUUAAUGGUGUGGAGUGAGAGAAGG